CCUCUCUCUCUCCCUAAACUUUUGAAUCCUAUUUUUUCUCUCUCCAAACAGGAGUAAGAACGUCUCCAAGUUUCCAUUCCUCUCCAGCCCUGAGAAACAAUUCGAGAUUCGCAAUGUCUCGCAUCACAGAGGAAGAAUUGGAAAUGGAAUACUAUAGAAGACUAAAGGAUGGGUCCGCCAAGAUUAAGACUUCUGAUUCUAGAUAUAGAUGCCCAUUCUGCGUUGAAGACAGAAAAAAGUAUGACAGAUCAAAGGAGCUUCUCUACCAUGCUUCUGAUUUCAGUAGAGCCUCGUAUAAAAGGGAAUUAAAAGAGAGAGCUAAGCACUCAGCAUUAGAGAGGUAUAUAAAGAAGUAUUAUUAUGAUACUAAAGACCGGAAAGAGCCAUCUAGAAAGGUUGAACGUGAAACACCCGAUCAUGAAGAGAAAUUUGUUUGGCCUUCUAUGGGAAUUCUGGCUAACAUUAGAACUGAAUUGAGAAACGGGAAACGUGUUGCUGAAAGUGGCUCAAAACUUAGAGAUGGGUUUAUUAGGAAAGGUUUGAACCCUGUGAAGGUUAUUCCUCUGUGGAACCACCUAGGCCAUUCAGGAUUUGCAAUUGUUGAGUUCGACAAAAACUGGGCCGGUUUUGAGAAUGCGAUGGCAUUUGAAAGGAGCCUCGAUGCGGAUAACUGUGGGAAGAGGGCUUAUGAGACGGACAGGAAUCGAGGAGAGAAAGUCUAUGGAUGGAUUGCCCGAGAGGAUGACUAUAAAUCCACGAACAUUGUUGGAGGUCAUCUUCGUAAGCAUGGGGAUUUAAAAACUGUCUCUGAAAAACAAGCUGAAGAUCACAGAAAAGAUUCAAAGCUUGUAUCUAAACUAACAGACACCUUAGUAACGAAGAGCAUGUGCCUCAAAGAGAUGGAGAGCAAGUACACUGAGACCGUUCUAUCCUUCAGACAAAUGGUGAGCGAAAGAGAUGCAAUUCUACAAGAUUACAAUGAAGAAAAAAUAAAAAUGCAACAGAAUGAACGUGAGCACUUCGAGAAGUUCAUCAAGGGGCAUGAAAAGUUCAGACAGGACUUGAAAAGGCAAAGGGAGGAGCUUGAGUCACGGGAGAAAGAAUUGAAAAAAAGAACGUUCCAUGAUGAUUGUGAGAGAAGAAAACUCAUCUAUGAGAAGAAACUGAUUGAGAAGGCUACCUUAGAGGAAAAGAAGGCUGAUGAGAAAAUGUUCCAGUUGGCAAAAGAACAAAAGAAACAAAAGGAAGAACUCCAUAAAAAAAUCAUUGACCUGGAAAAGAAACUUGAUAAGAAACAAGCUUUGGAGUUGACAAUAGAGCGGUAUAGAGGAGCUUUAGAAGUAAUGAAACAUAUGGGUGCGGAUGAGGAUAUGAAACUCAAGAAAGAGAUGGAUGAAAUCAAAGAAAAUCUAAAAGAAAAGGAAGAAGAGAUGGAAGCUCUAGAAGAACUUAACCAAGCACUCAUUAUCAAGGAGCGUAGAAGCAAUGACGAGCUGCAGGAUGCUCGUAAGGAGACAAUCAAUGGACUGAGGGAGGACUCGUCACGCCGUGGUGCCCGCCCUACAAUUGGCGUGAAAGGAUUGGGAGGUCUUCAUAGCAAACCAUUCAUCGCUGCUGCUAAAAGGAAAUUCCCUGAUGAAGAAGCAUCAGUAAAAGCAAGAGAGUUAUGGUCAAUGUGGGAUUCCCAUCUUAGGGAUCCGAGCUGGCAUCCCUUCAAGGUUAUCACAGAUAAAGGCAAAGCAGUGGAAAUAAUCGAUGAGGAAGAUGAGAAGUUGAAGAAUUUAAAAGACGAUCUCGGUGAUGAAGUUUAUGAGGCCGUGGUAAGAGCUCUGAAGGAAGUGAACCAGUAUAAUCCGAGUGGUAGGUACAUAGUACCAGAACUCUGGAAUUUUAAAGAGGAUAGAAGGGCAAGACUGAAAGAGGGACUGGACUUUAUAUUGAGGAAAUGGAAAACACUUAAACGAAGUCGAAACUGAAGAGAAGAUGUGCAUUAAUCUUAGCAAUAUUUUGGAGAAGGCGCUGAGAAUUUUGAGGGGCACAACUUCAAUUGACUUUCAAGGACCAAUCUUUGAUCGCUGUUUGAUUGGGCUAGACGAUAGAUGGAUUGGGCUUUUGUUUCCCCUGCACCUUAGUUUUGAGUUUUUCGUGUACAUAGCUCUUUGGGACAAAGAG